UUUGAUGAUUUUUUAAAUUCACUCUUUACAUCACUGAAUUUUUCAACUAAAUUUGUAAAAGUACUUUAAUAUAUAUUUUGUCCUUAUGUUUUAACUCCUUUAUAUGUUUGUUUAGGUAGCGGUCUCCAGUGGGGAAAAAUGAAGACAGCUGCUCCAUCUAGUAUUGGAUUAGGAAUGGGUACAAUAUUAUGGAUUUUCAUAGCUAACACAGUCUUUUAUUUUGCUUUGAUGUGGUAUUUUGAAGGAAUAUUUCCUGAGAAACAUGAGGUUCCCCAGCCAUGGUAUUUUCCAUUUAGUGUUAAUUACUGGGUAGGAAAUAAGCCAAAAGAUGCUUUAUAUUCUGUAGAACUGCCUUCUGAAAUAGAAACAAAUCGGGAAUUUUUUCAAAGUAAUAGGAGACAACCUUUUCCUGGUAUACUAAUAAAAAAUCUAACUAAAGUUUAUGAUGAAAGACAAGUAAUAAAUCAAAUAAAUCUCAAAGCCUAUCGAGGCCAUAUAACUGUAUUGCUUGGACACAAUGGAGCAGGAAAAACCAGACUAAUAUCUCUCUUAUUGGGAAAAUAUCCGCCUACUUCAGGAACUGCUUUAAUAAAAAGAUUUGAUAUCAAUAUUGCAAGUGAAGCAAGAAGAAUACCACGAUUUCUUGGUUUUUGUCCUGAUUAUGAUGUUUUGAUUGAAGAAUUAACAGUGGAAGAAAAUCUACAUUUUUUCUGCAAAUUGAAAGGAUAUGAAUCUGAUGGAAUAAUGGCUGAAGUCAAUCAUAUUUUGAAUGUUCUGGAUCUAGAAGUAAAUCGCAAAGUACCUGCUUACUCUUUGGUACCUAGCUGGCGAAGAAAACUUAGCGUGGGAAUAGCUUUGAUUGGUGGUUCUCAAGUGGUGAUAAUAGAUGAACCAACCAAGCAUAUGGACUUCUUCUCUAGGAGGAUUGUAUGGGAUGCUCUCCAAGCGGAAAAAGUAAAACGUACCAUUUUGAUAACUUCAAGUCAUAUGAAAGAAGCUGAAGCUCUUGGGGACAGAAUUGCAUUAAUGGAUAAAGGCCAUCUUCAAUGCUAUGGAACACCAAAAUUUUUUAAAAAAAUCUAUGGAGCUGGUUAUCACUUAGUCAUACAAAAAGAACCAUUUUGCAAUGUGUCUAAUCUUAGUGAACUUGUCUUUGCUCAAAUUCCUGAUGCUAAAUUGUGUUCAGAUGAAGACGAAAUAACUUAUCUAUUACCUCCUGCUAGCUCUCAUAUGUUCUAUUUCUUGUUUUAUGAUUUGGAAGAUCAGAAAGAACAACUUAAUAUAGGUACAUUUAAGAUAACAGAAAUAACAUUAGAGGAAUUAUUUGAUAGUGCAUCUCUCAAUCUGUCUCCAGGAACUUAUGUAAAAAACUCUUUAAUGAAGAAAUUUGUUAAUCCAAUUGAAGAAGCUUUCAGUAAUUCUGAUUCAGAUGAAGGAGCAAAAAAUUUAUUAUGUAAUAAGAAAGGAAAUGAAGGCUGUAUCUUAUUUACCCAGCAGAUGUGGGCUCAUUUCAAGAAACGUUAUAUUUUCUCAUCACGGCACAUUUUAUUUUCUGUAUCACAGAUACUCAUCUUACCUUUCAUGUUUAUGAUAGGUAAUGCACUGACUUACGAGAGAUCAGAAAAUUUAGAUUUCAAGGAACUGAAUACAUCCCUUUUUCAUGGCACAAAAAUUGUAUGUGCCUUAGAUCCUGAUUCUAAUGUAAGCAAGGAUGUUGCUGAUUUGUAUGCAUCUCUUUUUAGUGCCCCUGAUGAGACAAAUUUAAUUCAUCCCAUAGAAGAAAAUAUUUUACAUUAUCUUCUCAGGCUUGCACAAGAAGAUAUUGAAGUGUUUAAUACCAAAUAUGCUAUAGCAGCUGAUUUUGUUGAUGAUUCCAACAAAACUUAUAUUACUGCCUUCUAUAAUGCUAAGAUACAGCAUUCUGCUCCUAUUGCCCUGAUAAACAUUCAUAAUGCAGUAUUUAAAUAUUUGACAUCAGGAAGCUCUGAAUAUUUGUUUGCACUUCAUAAUCAUCCUUUACCUGUCAAGAAUGAAUAUGAACAAAUGGUAACUUCAAGAUACCAGCUUAUUUCUGUAAUGCUUUCAUCUCAAGACUUGAUGUUUGGAAUGUCUAUCCUGAUGAGUAGUUUUAUUAUUGUAACAGUUCUUGAAAAUUCAUCAAAAUCCAAACACCUUCAAGUUAAUGGCAUUUUAAAUUUGAUCACAUACUGGUUUUCUUCCUUUAUAUAUGAUUUCAGUACUUAUAUGCUGUCUUGUAUUUUUGUAUUAUUCAUCUUCAUAACCAUGGAAAAAGAUGGCUUCUUCACAGUUGAACAGAUAGGUCGUUUACUCCUCCUGUUUGUAUGCCAUGGGCUUUGUGGUUUAUCUUUUGUGUAUUGUUCUACAUUUUUCUGCCAGUCUGUAUCUGCUGCAGUUACUCAGGUUUUCCUAAAGUAUAUAGGAGGUGAAUCAAAAUUAAUUAUCAUUAUUUGAUUAUUGCUAAAUAUGUAACAGUAAUGUUGUCUUUGUGUACUGUAGUUUACCUGUAUAAUUAAUCAGUGUUUUUUCACAUCAAACAAAUGUUAGUAUCUGCAACCUAAAAAAUAAUUUAAUACUGAAUUAGACUUAAAAAUUCAUAUCUUAAUAAUAAUAAGAAUAUUUGGUGAAUCAGAAAGUAAAAUGUUUCCAUGAAUAAAAUUUAACAAAUAUUGUACAAUGAACUAAUUAAAACUGUCUUAAUUAAUUCAAAAGGUUUAAAAUUAUUUUAUGAUUCAGUUUAUUAAUUCAGUGUGUUUGUGAAUACAGUAAAAGUCUGAUAAUCUGGCAUCCAGUGGUUUUGGCACACUUUGUAAUUUGGCAUUCUUUUCACCAAUAUUCUUAUAUAAGAUGUGAUACUAUUAGCAUUAGUAAUAUUCAGUAAGGUUCAGCAGUUGCUUCACAUGUUUUUGCUAUUUCCUUUAUUUCUUUGUUUGAAAUUUCAUGUCUAUAUAUAACUUGCUUUCUUUUUUUAUUUAAAAUGUCUUCAAACCUUUAUAAGGGAAUAGAAUAAAAACAUGUGACUUUAAGUAUUCACCAAAAGCUGAAUAGUAUUAAAGGAAUAGUAGGAAAAAAUUGUAUAUUGGAGAAAUAAUAAACAUUACCUCUACAGUUA